UUUAUCUUGUGUAUAAGGCGGCCUCGGGGACCACAAUCGAGGCUACAUAGACGGACGGUUGCUAAUGGGUUUCCAAGUACCGUAAUGGAUGAUUUUGAACCUUCAAGCCAUGUGUAUGCUGUGUAUGCUGUGUGAUUCUUAUCCGACGCCGAGCGUAGCAACUGCAUAUGCACACCAUGUAUUCCCCGUGCGGAGAAUGGGCAUCUAUCGGACCGGGAUGUUCGAGAGAGGUCAUUGCUUUGCCGAGUAUGAUACUAUGUACCUACCCAAAGAGAGCUGGGGUAAUGAUAAGCACCUUGUUUCUCAACCCCGAUUUGCCAAUGACGGCAACUUGCUUUAUCUUGGAUAUCACACAUGUCAGCCCUGUGACGAAAUUCCGUUACCUAGCACCAACAAAAAAAAACUGUAAUGAUACCAGCCACCAUGUCUCGGAACGAGAUUCGGAUGGUUGCUUUUGUAAGAUUCAAAUAUAUGAAGAGGUCUCCGCCAACGUAGAUGGUCUCACAAGCAGUCUUUAAAGUAAGGC